ACACAUAUAAUUUCGCGCGCUGCAUCGCUCCGCUGAUUAUUGCCUCAAACUCUGCUUACUUCAACCCGUAACCACUGCCGUCUGUCACUCAUCAUGAGCAGCUCAGGGGGAUACUCGGGGACUGGAACCCAGACGGACAAGGACAACCACGCAGACCAGUGCAAUCCCAACAACGCACAGUACGCGGGUCAUGAGAAGGGAUACACUGGAACUGGCACCAAAUCUGAUUUGGACAACCAUGCCAACCAACUCAACCCCAACAACCCCAACUACACGCCCAAAGGUGGAAAAUGAAACACAUUUGGAAGACACUUUGAGAGACUGUAGAAAGAAGACAUUAUAGGCAAUUGCUGUAGUAGUUAUAUCAUUGUUGGAUUAGUUCUUUUGCCAUGUAUAGAAUAUUGAGCACAUGAAAGUUUGUGUGCACGCUACUGAAAUAAUAAUCAUACACUCAACUAG